GCAGGGCAGCGGCACGCACUGGGAAGGAAGAUAGCAGCACCAAUAUGGCGACAGCCGCAGUUACUCCCGACUCUUUUCCACAUCUGCAGUUCAGUGCCAGCUGUCAGGAUAUCUGUUAAUACGAGAAAAAAGCUGGUUGUCGGGGAUGGAAAAAAAAUAAAAGGGAAAUAGCUGCAGGAUGAAAACAUGGCCGCACCCCUUCUUGCACCCCCAGGACCUGACAGCUUCAAGAAGUUCACCCCGGAGUCUCUCGCUAACAUCGAGAAGCGCAUUCAGGAAGAGAAAAACAAGAAGCCUCCCAAGCCCAGAUCGGACAGUAGUCACCGCGACACAUCUGACGACAAUGAGCCGAAGCCCAACAGCGACCUGGAGGCAGGCAAGAGCCUGCCCUUCAUCUACGGCGAUAUUCCUGACGGAAUGGCGGCAACGCCCCUGGAGGACUUGGAUCCAUUCUAUUUGAACCAGAAAACAUUUAUAGUCCUAAACAAGGGGAAAACAAUCUUCCGCUUCAGUGCCACACCCUCCUUGUACAUCAUAAGCCCUUUUAAUCCAUUUAGGCGAAUAGCUAUAAAGAUUUUGAUACAUUCGUUAUUCAGCAUGAUCAUCAUGUGUACCAUUUUGACCAACUGUAUAUUCAUGACAUUUAGUGACCCGCCAGAGUGGUCCAAACAAGUAGAGUAUACCUUCACGGGUAUCUACACAUUCGAGUCGCUCACAAAAAUCGUUGCCCGAGGUUUUGCCAUCGACGGCUUCACGUUUCUCAGAGAUCCAUGGAACUGGCUGGACUUCAUGGUCAUUUCAAUGGCAUAUAUAACAGAGUUUGUGGACCUUGGGAAUGUCUCGGCGCUGAGAACGUUCAGGGUUCUCCGAGCAUUGAAAACUAUUUCUGUCAUUCCAGGCCUGAAGACCAUCGUGGGCGCUCUGAUCCAGUCUGUGAAGAAGCUGUCGGAUGUGAUGAUCCUGACCGUCUUCUGUCUCAGCGUCUUUGCGCUAAUCGGCUUGCAGCUGUUCAUGGGGAACCUCCGCAACAAGUGCGUCUUCUGGCCGAUCAACAUGACCGAGCAGUACCUGGAAAACGGCAGCCGAGGUUUCGACUGGAACAAAUACAUCUAUAACGAAUCAAAUUUCUACUUCCUGCCCGGUGCUCUGGACGCUCUGCUGUGUGGAAACAGUUCAGACUCAGGACGAUGUCCAGAGGGUUUCAUGUGCAUGAAAGCUGGAAGAAACCCAAACUAUGGUUACACCAGUUUUGACAGCUUCGGGUGGGCUUUCCUCACCCUCUUUCGUCUCAUGACUCAAGACUUCUGGGAAAAUCUCUACAUGCUGACUCUGCGAGCUGCAGGGAAGACCUACAUGGUAUUCUUUGUGCUGGUCAUCUUUGUGGGCUCCUUCUACCUGGUCAAUCUGAUCUUGGCUGUGGUGGCCAUGGCUUAUGAGGAGCAGAAUCAGGCCACAAUGGAGGAGGCUGAGCAAAAAGAGGCCGAAUUCAAAGCUAUGCUGGAACAGCUCAAAAAGCAGCAGGAGGAGACGCAGGCUGCAGCUAUGGCCACAUCGGCAGGGACCGUGUCAGAGGCUGCGUUGGAGGACGUAGAAGGGGGUCACUUGUCCCGCAGCUCCUCAGAGGUCUCCAAGCUGAGCUCAAAAAGCGCCAAAGAGCGACGCAAUCGUAAGAAGAAAUGGCGACAGAAAGAGCAGGAGAAGGAGAAAGGAGACAGCGAGAAGGUAGUCAAGUCUGAGUCGGACGACGGCAGCAAGAAGAGCACCAUCCGCUUCCCAGGAACCCGACUGGGCAGGAAGACGUCCAUCAUGAACCAGUCUCUGCUCAGCAUCCCCGGCUCGCCCUUCAUGUCGCGCCACAACAGCCGCAGCAGCAUCUUCAGCUUCAAGGGCCGCUCCAAGGACAUGGGCUCGGAGAACGAGUUUGCGGACGACGAGCACAGCACUGUGGAGGAGAGUGAAGACCGCCGAGGCUCACUGUUCAUACCUUACCGUCGCAACAGCUACAGCGGCUACAGCCAGGGCUCGUCCCGCAUCCACCCACUGGCGCCACACUCUGGAGGGAAGAGGAACAGCACGGUGGACUGCAACGGCGUGGUGUCGCUCAUCGGCCCCGGGCCUGGCAGACGGCUUCUGCCUGAGGUGAAAAUAGAUAAGGCAGCCACUGAUGACAGUACUACAGAUGUGGAGAUUAAGAAGAAACACUCCGGCUCUCUCAUGAUUUCUGUGGAUCAGCUCAACUCCUCCUUCAAAGGAAAGGACCGUGCCAACAGUCAGAUGAGCGUGGUCACCAACACACUCUUAGAAGAGUUAGAAGAGUCUCAAAGAAAGUGUCCUCCCUGCUGGUACAAGUUUGCAAACAUCUUCCUCAUCUGGGAAUGCUGCCCCAUCUGGCUAAAACUCAAGCACAUCGUCUAUCUAAUUGUCAUGGACCCGUUUGUGGAUCUGGCCAUCACCAUCUGCAUCGUGCUCAACACUCUCUUCAUGGCCAUGGAGCAUUACCCGAUGACGCCACAUUUCGAGGAGGUCCUGUCCGUCGGCAACCUGGUUUUCACCGGCAUCUUUGCUGGUGAGAUGUUUGCCAAGCUCAUAGCCAUGGACCCCUACUACUACUUCCAGGAAGGCUGGAACUGUUUUGACGGCUUCAUCGUGACCCUGAGUUUGGUUGAACUGGGGCUGGCAGACGUGGAGGGACUCUCAGUUCUCAGGUCUUUCCGAUUGUUAAGAGUGUUCAAACUGGCCAAGUCGUGGCCCACACUAAACAUGCUGAUUAAGAUCAUUGGGAACUCGGUGGGAGCUCUGGGUAAUUUGACCUUGGUGUUGGCCAUCAUCGUCUUCAUCUUUGCCGUGGUGGGAAUGCAACUGUUUGGAAAAAGCUACAAGGACUGUGUGUGCAAGAUCGCGUUGGACUGCGAACUCCCACGCUGGCACAUGAACGACUUCUUUCACUCCUUCCUGAUCGUGUUCAGAGUGCUGUGUGGAGAGUGGAUUGAAACGAUGUGGGACUGCAUGGAGGUGGCAGGACAAGCCAUGUGCAUUAUCGUCUUCAUGAUGGUUAUGGUCAUUGGAAAUCUGGUGGUGCUGAACCUGUUUCUGGCUCUGCUGCUGAGCUCGUUCAGUGCAGACAACCUCGCUGCCACCGAUGACGACGGAGAACCCAACAACCUCCAACUCGCUGUUGCCCGCAUCAAGAUAGGGAUCGCCUGGUUUAAAGCCAACAUGCGAAUCUUGGUAGCCACGGUUCUCAAAAAGCCUAUAGAGGACGAGCAGAAGCCUUUGGAUUAUGAGGAAAAGCUCAACUGCAUAGCAAACCACCCUGUUGAAAUCAACCGAGAACUGGACUACCCCAAAAACGGCAACGGCACCACCAGCGGCAUCGGGAGCAGUGUGGGAAAGUACAUGAUUGACGACGACUACAUGUCUUUCAUCCACAACCCCAACCUCACAGUGUGCGUUCCCAUCGCCGUUGGAGAGUCAGACUUUGAAAACCUCAACACGGAGGACUUCAGCAGCGAAUCGGAUGUGGAAAACAGCAAAGAUUUGGAUGACACCAGUUCAUCUGAGGGCAGCACGAUAGACAUCAAGCCGGACGUAGAGGAGGUGGCGGUGGUUGAAGUUGUGGAAGAGUAUCUUGAUCCUGACGCCUGCUGGACUGACGAGUGUGUGGCCAAAUACAAGUGCUGCGAUGUUCCCAUCACUCACGGAUGGGGAAAGCACUGGUGGUUCCUGAGGAAGACCUGCUACCUGAUAGUGGAGCACAACUGGUUUGAGACCCUCAUCAUCUUCAUGAUCCUCCUCAGCAGUGGAGCUCUGGCCUUUGAGGAUGUGUACAUUGAACAGAGGAAGACGGUGCGCAUCAUUCUAGAUUACGCCGAUCGAGUUUUUACCUACAUCUUCAUCCUGGAGAUGUUGCUGAAAUGGGUGGCCUACGGCUUUGUCAAGUACUUCACUAAUGCCUGGUGCUGGCUGGACUUCUUCAUUGUGGAUGUGUCUAUAGUCAGCCUUAUAGCUAAUGCUUUGGGCUUCUCCGAUCUAGGCCCGAUUAAAUCACUCAGGACACUGAGGGCCUUGAGACCCCUCAGGGCCCUGUCACGUUUUGAAGGGAUGAGGGUUGUGGUGAACGCCUUGGUGGGCGCCAUACCCUCCAUCAUGAACGUGCUGCUUGUGUGCCUCAUCUUCUGGCUCAUCUUCAGCAUCAUGGGUGUUAACCUGUUUGCCGGGAAAUACUACUACUGCUUCAACGAGACGGCGGAAGAGUACUUUCUGCCGGAAGACGUCAACAAUAAAACCGAGUGCUUGGAGCUGAUUGAGAAUAAUCACACUGAAGUCAGGUGGAAAAACGUGAAGAUCAAUUUUGACAACGUGGGUGCAGGAUAUCUUGCACUUUUGCAAGUGGCAACCUUUAAAGGUUGGAUGGACAUUAUGUAUGCAGCAAUAGAUUCCAGAAAGGUGGAAGACCAGCCUGUCUAUGAGGACAACCUCUACAUGUACAUCUACUUUGUCAUAUUCAUCAUCUUUGGCUCCUUCUUCACCCUGAAUCUCUUCAUUGGUGUCAUCAUCGAUAAUUUCAAUCAACAGAAGAAAAAGUUUGGAGGUCAGGAUAUCUUCAUGACAGAAGAGCAAAAGAAAUACUACAAUGCAAUGAAAAAACUUGGGUCAAAGAAACCACAAAAACCAAUACCAAGGCCUCAGAACCAGAUCCAAGGAAUGGUGUUUGACUUUGUGACACAGCAGGUGUUUGACAUUUCCAUCAUGAUCCUCAUCUGCCUCAACAUGGUCACCAUGAUGGUGGAGACCGACGACCAGUCAGAAGAUACGGAGGUCGUGCUUUACUGGGUCAACUUCGUGUUCAUCGUGGUUUUCACCGGCGAGUUCCUCCUCAAGUUGUUUGCGCUGCGCCACUAUUACUUCACCAAUGGCUGGAACAUCUUCGACGUGGUGGUGGUCAUCCUCUCUAUUGUGGGUAUGUUUCUGGCUGACCUGAUCGAGAAGUACUUUGUGUCGCCGACACUCUUCAGGGUGAUCCGUCUGGCUCGUAUCGGCAGGAUCCUGCGUCUCAUCAAGGGCGCCAAAGGAAUCAGAACUCUGCUGUUCGCCCUCAUGAUGUCGCUCCCCGCCUUGUUCAACAUCGGCCUCCUGCUCUUCCUGGUCAUGUUCAUCUUCUCCAUCUUUGGCAUGUCCAACUUUGGCUACGUGAAACACGGGGCCGGCAUCGACGACAUGUACAAUUUUGAGACGUUUGGAAACAGCAUGAUCAUCCUGUUCAUGAUCACCACGUCGGCAGGUUGGGACGGCCUUCUGCUGCCCAUCCUCAACUACCCGCCGGACUGCGACCCGCUUUUAGAGAACGCCGGCACGCCCGCAACCGGAGACUGUGGCAACCCGUCCGUGGGCAUCUUCUUCUUUGUCAUGUACAUCAUCAUUUCUUUCCUAAUCGUGGUCAACAUGUACAUUGCCAUCAUCCUGGAGAACUUUAGUGUGGCCACGGAGGAAAGCGCAGACCCACUCAGUGAGGACGACUUUGAGACCUUUUAUGAAAUUUGGGAGAAAUUUGAUCCUGAUGCCUGCCAGUUCAUUACGUAUGCCAAGCUUUCUGACUUUGCCGACGCGCUUGAGCACCCGCUGCGUGUCCCUAAGCCCAACACCAUUGAGCUGAUCGCUAUGGACAUGCCUAUGGUGAGUGGAGACCGCAUCCACUGCCUGGACAUCCUGUUUGCCUUUACCAAGCGAGUGCUGGGUGACAGCGGGGAGCUGGACAUGCUCAGGCAACAAAUGGAGGAGCGCUUUGUGGCUGCCAAUCCCUCUAAAGUCUCCUAUGAGCCGAUUACCACCACUCUGAGGCGAAAGCAGGAGGACGUGUCUGCGAGGAUCAUCCAGCGGGCCUACCGCUCCCACCUGGCCCGGCGGGGAUUUGUGUGCAAGCGCAAACCGGCCAACAACAAAGCCGAGAAUCAGGAGCAAGAAAAGAAGGAGGGCACUCCAUCCACUGCCUCCCUGCCUUCUUAUGACAGUGUGACCAAACCUGAGAAGGAGAAGAAGGACGACAACAACGAGGGCAGGGGAGAGAGGAAAGAGAAGGGCAGAAACCAAAAAGACAUCAGGGAGUCUCAGUGUUAGGCUGGGGGAGGGGUGACGAAUAACCACAUUAAUAACAGUACAGAUUUAACUAAUGUAACUUCAAGCAGAGUGAGAGGAAACUCACCCACACAGAUGUACAGAUUAUUUCAUUUGCAAGUCAGAAAAAAAAUAGUCCUCAAUAAUUUUGUUUACAGACUUCAUUCCUAUAUGGAUGCGGAGCGGGGCGAGAAUCGACUGAACUUUAGUCAAACCAAACAUAAUCAGCAUUCUGUGUGGCACUGUUAUAUCAACACAACCGAUCCUAACAAAAAGGGGAAGGAAGAUGGAAGAGGGGGAAAAUCCAACGUUUUUCCACCAAGUAACUCUACACCAAGAGGUUGGAAAGCAAAAACGGGAAUCCAGCGCCGUGUGGCUGCAGAUGACAAGGAAGCUGCUCGGUCUUUCAGCGGUCAAAGUGGUUCUGUGUCAGUGUGUAGAGACACAAACGACAGACUCACUCUAUGAGCAAACAGAGGGAUGACUGGUGAGUGAGAGAAAGACACAAACUGAGAGUCUAAAGUAUUUUAUCUUGUUUUAUUAUUAAAACUAGAAUUUUUUUUGUCUUUUUGAGCAGCAAAAAAUGCAAACCGAGAAACAAACCAACAAAAAAAAAGAAAAAAAGAGAACAAUAUUCAAACAGUUUGCCCAUGUCGGUCAACUACUCACAUUGUCUUUGUUACACCCACAUACAAAAAUGCUUUAUUUUACAUGGGCUUUUUGCACCAAAUUGGUUAAAGGGUCUGUUUAUUAAUAGGGGUUCAACUCGGGGCAAAGGGCUUCCAUUUACUCAGAAAGAUUUCCAGACAAAUACAUAAAUAAUUGUGCUUGUUCAAUGCAUAGAAAUGACUUGCAUGAGGCAUGUUUUGAUCAGAAAUCUUGCAUGAAUUAUCAUAGUCCACAAGACACUAAUACGCAGACUUCACCGGCGGCUUGAUGAUCCGUACGAUCGAGGCGUUUCUUUUGGUCAAAAUUUUAAGAGUUUUGGAGGUAAUUUCUUCAACAAAAACAAACGGUAUGUGGGUUGAUCGGCUAAAACUGAUUUCAUCAUUUGACACAUUUCAGAUGUUUAAUCUAUAAACAGUAGAAUAAAACACCACCUCAAUGUGUGAAAUGCAAGCACUUUCUUUGCUGCUCGGAAGAUUUUGGGUCUGUAAGACGAAGAAAAAGACGUCCGAGUGGAUCAAUGGACUGAAAUGUUUCAUUUGGACUGGAAUGUUUUAAGGAAGCUUGAAAAGUGUAUGUUUAUCAUUUGUAUGCUCCUGUCUAAUGUUUCGCAUCAUCUGCCUUUUUACUUUAACGUGAGCGGGAGUCUGACUGUCCGCAGUUUGGGAUUUGGGUUUUGGGUUUUGGCAAACCCUUUUCCGGUUCCUGUUUUAUUUAUUUUUUUCUCUAACCUUUAUAAAAAGGGCUCGGGGAGAGUUUGGAGUUUCGUUUUAAACGGUUUUAUUCGCUAAUGUAAAUGUUUGUUUUCUUCCCUUGUGUAAUGCUGAUGCUUCAGAGGGCGAUGAGGCUUAUAUUACAGUUUUAUAAACCGCAUCAAGCCGAGAGGAAAGCUGUUGUUUUGUGCUGAAAGGUAUGAUUGGGGUGUUAAAA